CCGCUCCAACGGAACAAUUGGUUUGGGGUCUCGCUUCUUCGUCUUCUUCUUCCUCUAGGGUUUAUAAACCCCAUCAGUGGAGGCCUUGCUCUCAAUUGGAAAGGUUAAGCAUCUCACCAGAUCUAAAGGACUUCUCUUCGCUCUCUCUUCUUCUCGAUCUACAGGUCUAAGUCAUGCGGAGAUACAGUCCACCUUACUACAGUCCACCAAGGAGAGGUUAUGGAGGCCGACCAAGAAGUCCCCCUCGGAGGGGAUAUGGGAAUGGUUAUGGGAGAGGCAAGGAACAUGGUCAUGGUAGCCUUUUAGUUCGAAAUAUUCCUCUGAACUGCAGACCAGAAGAACUUCGAGCUCCAUUUGAACGAUUUGGACUGGUCAGGGAUGUAUAUAUUCCGAAGGAUUAUUACACAGGGGAACCUCGUGGCUUUGCAUUUGUGGAGUUUGUGGACCCUUAUGAUGCGGCAGAGGCUCAAUAUCAUAUGAAUAGGCAGAUAUUUGCAGGUAGGGAGAUUACUGUGGUUGUUGCUGCAGAAUCAAGGAAGAGACCUGACGACAUGCGCCGGAAAACUAGGGUCAGAGGGCCAUCAGGACAUGGAGGUCGACGAUCUCAUUAUGGACGAUCUCGUUCUCGCUCAGUAUCACGGUCACGUACUCCUCCUUAUCCCUCUGGUUCUCAAAAUCGUCGUCGUUCAAGGUCCUAUUCUCCUGCUCCAAGACGUCGAGCUGAGUACUCAAUUUCGCCAGAUGGAAGGCAUGUGGAGCAUCAAAGAUCACCAAGAGAAUCACUCAAAGAUCGUGAUGCUGACCGUGGCCGCAGGACAUAUUCUCCAGGUUAUGAGAAUGAUGCUGUUCAAAAUGAAAACAGAAAUCGCUAUGAUGAGAAAGCUGCCUAUGACUCUGAUGAAGGACGAGCACGCUGGAGGUCUUCCCCCAGACGAGCAUCAAGAUCACCAUCUGGAUCUAGAUCUAGGUCUGCUGAUAUAUCGCCCAGGCGCAGCAGAUAGGUGGAACGCAAGAUGGGGAUUGCAAACCCUGUUGGGAUUCUUGCUGGUCAACAGGUAGAUGUAUAAGUGUUUUGAGUUUGUUCAUCAAGUGGUUUGGUUAGUUUGUAAUCAUCAACUUGGCCCAGCAAAAUCAUCUUUGUACUAACUACUAAGCAGAAGCUGACUGCUUGAACCACCCCCCCUGUGUCUUUGGUUAUUCAAGACAUGUGCAUGAAACAUAGAGCUUGCGGUCUGUUGUUGGGUUUGAAUGAUUUAGGUAUGAUGGUAAUGGAUCAUCAACCCUGUUGAAUGUUGGAAAAUUCUAUUUAACUCA